AUGACGACGUCUGAGUUGACGGAGGAAGACUCGUUCUCCGGAAAGGACUACCAAGAACCACCGCCCGUGAAGAUUUUCGAGGCGAGGGAGCUUGGGAAGUGGUCCUUCUACAGAGCAGUCAUCGCUGAGUUCAUAGCUACUCUCCUCUUUCUCUACGUCACCGUUUUGACUGUCAUCGGCUUCAAGAGCCAGACCGAUGCUCAAUCGGGCGGCGGAGCUUGCGCCAGCGUCGGCCUCCUCGGCAUCUCUUGGGCCUUCGGUGGCAUGAUCUUCAUCCUCGUCUACUGCACUGCCGGAAUCUCUGGUGGGCACAUUAACCCUGCGGUGACGUUUGGGCUGUUCUUGGCGAGUAAGGUGUCAUUGGUGAGAGCUAUAUCAUACAUGGUGGCUCAGUGUCUCGGAGCCACUUGCGGAGUUGGUUUGGUGAAACUCUUCCAGUCAACUUAUUACAAUCGCUAUGGCGGUGGAGCCAACGUCCUCGCCGACGGAUACAAUGUUGGCGUCGGUGUUGCUGCUGAGAUCAUCGGCACUUUUGUCCUCGUCUACACCGUCUUCUCCGCCACCGAUCCCAAGCGUAAUGCGCGUGACUCUCACAUUCCUGUAUUAGCUCCAUUGCCAAUUGGAUUUUCCGUGUUCAUGGUUCAUUUAGCAACAAUCCCAAUUACUGGCACCGGGAUUAACCCCGCUAGGAGUUUUGGAGCUGCCGUCGUCUACAACAAUCAAAAGGCUUGGGAUGAUCAUUGGAUCUUCUGGGUCGGUCCAUUUGUGGGUGCAGCCAUUGCAGCAUUCUACCAUCAGUUUGUGUUGAGAGCUGGUGCUAUGAAGGCUUAUGGGUCAGUCAGGAGCCAGCUUCACGAGCUUCACGCUUAA